CCAGUUGAUACAUUCUAAAUUUCAAUGAUAAUCUUAUGUUAUUUAGUUCAAAUAAGUGUUACGAACAACACGUGUGGUUAAACUGUUAAUUUAUUUAUUUAUUAAAAAUUUAAUUAAUUAAAAAAUGUUGAAAAGUAUUGCCAUGUUUUUAAUGGCGCUAACUGCCGUCGUCAGUCAACAUCCCAAAGACUUUGAAUCCUACCACAUCUUGCAUCUACCUCAUGACCCGCCGCUUUAUCCAGUGUUCGAGAAGGCGCCACCGACGCGCUUUACUUGCCAAGGACGGAGCCGCGGCUAUUACGCUGACGUUGACAGCGGCUGUCAGGCUUUUCAUUUCUGCUGGCGUCAGCGUGUAGUCAGCACGGACUUAUGCACCAACGGGACACUGUUUAAUGAACAGUUUCAGGUUUGUGAUCAUUUCUACAACGUCCGCUGUGGUUCUCCCUACGAAGACUUGUGAUACACAUAACACGUGACACGUUCCUUGUUAAAUUAUGUUAAAUUAAAAUGAAAUAAUGUUCUCGAA